AUGGCCGUCUAUAGCCGUAGAACCCGGAGCCUGGAUUUCCUGGACAGCGUGGACCCUCACCCAGCUGAGCAGCUGGGAGAGGGGCUGUGCCAGCCACCCGGGGACCAGCCGCCCUGCGAACUCGAAGCUGAGGGGCCGUUUUUCUCCCUCUGCCUGUGUGUGUCCCCUCUCCUGGGUGGUGUCCACGUGGCAGCUGCCCCGGUCCUGGACCCGGACGCCGAGUGCAGCAAGGACGUCAUCCUGGUGGGGUCCAGCGAGCCAUCGUCCUCCCCUGCACCAGGGCCCCAAAGAGAUCAGAUUGCCUAUGAAGUCAGGGUUAACCAGCGAGCCAUAGAAGACGUGUGCCUCUGCUGCGGGAGCCUCCAGGUGCACACGCAGCACCCCCUGUUCGCGGGAGGGAUGUGCGCCCCGUGCAAGAACAAGUUCCUAGACUGCCUCUUCCUGUAUGACGACGACGGGUACCAGUCCUACUGCUCCAUUUGCUGCUCAGGGGAGACUCUGCUCAUCUGUGAAAACCCCGACUGCACCCGGUGCUACUGCUUUGAGUGCGUGGAUGUGCUGGUGGGCCCCGGGACCUCGGAGAGAGUCCACGCCACGAGCAACUGGGUGUGCUUCCUGUGCCUGCCCUCCUCCCGAGACGGGCUGCUGCAGCGCAGGAGGAAGUGGUGGGAGCGCCUGAAGGCCUUCUACGACCAGGAGGCGGACAGCCCCCUCGAGAUGCACGCAACUGUGCCGGCGUGGAAGAGAGAGCCGGUCCGGGUGCUGUCCCUUUUCGGGAAGAUAGGGAACGAGCUGAUGAGUUUGGGCUUUCUGGAAACGGUUUCUGGCUUGGGAAACCUUAGACAUCUGAGUGAUGUUACUGACGUCGUGAGGAGGAACGUGGAAGAGUGGGGCCCGUUUGACCUCGUGUACGGCAGCACACCCCGCCUCGGCCAGACCUGCAACCGUCCUCCCGGGUGGUUCGUGUACCAGUUCCACCGCAUCCUGCAAUACGCGAAGCCCCGGCUCUGCAGCCCGCGGCCCUUCUUCUGGAUGUUCGUGGACAACCUGGUGCUGACCAAGGACGACCACACUGCAGCCACGCGCUUCCUGGAGACGGACCCCGUGACCAUCCAGGAGUUCUGUGGCAGGACCGUCCGGAACGCCGUGCACGUGUGGAGCAACAUCCCGGCCGUGCGCAGCAGGCAUUCGGCCCUGCUUCCCCAAGACGAGGCGUCCCUGCGGGCUCCAGACCGGCAGAGAGCAAGGUCCUCCAUCCCGGGGCCCACCGGGCUGGUGAAGAAUUGUUUUCUGCCCCUGAAAGAAUAUUUCAAGUUUUUUUCAACAGAACUCACUUCCUCUUUGUAAAUGACUCAUUAGGCUGUGGCGAGGGAAAAAAAAAAAGGAUUUUUCUUAGAACAGAUAUCUUUCCUGAUAUUGUCUCAUUUUUUCCUCUUCGAAUUGUUAUUUGAUUUGCUUGACUCUGGAUUUGCUGCGGCCGUGUCUCUGGAGAUGCAGCCCCCACCCUGCACGCCCACUGGAGGGAGGGGGCGGAGCGUCUGGCAUCUCACCAGGGACAACAUCCUGAAGGUCGGCGUACCCAGUGUGCCACCCGAGCAGUUAACAAUGCAUUCAUCAUGCGAGUUCCUGGUCAUUCUCAGCGUAUUGAUGCAUAAGCCCAGGCUCCCUUUCAUCCCGCAGGGCGCGGGGGUGUGGGGGAGGGCCACGAACAGGACCCACUUCCUAAGCGCCCACCGCACAUGUUCCACAGCGCGCAGGAUGGCGCUGCCACGUGACGGCCAUUCCCCAUGAAGUUGAAAACCAUGAGCUCUGAUGACGGCCACACAGAACAUCACAGACCUUUGCAAAGUCCAGAAUUCCGAGCGUGGCGAGCAGGGGGAGCAGGGACCGAGUGCGCAGC